GCUAAAAAAGAAGAGAAAUAAGUCAACCGAUUAAUUUCAUAACGAGUUUUAGACAACGAUCGGCUUUUUCUAAUAUGUGCAUUGCUAGAAAUAUUCAAAACUGAUCAUGACAUUCAAGUCGACAUCAAUAUAAGUCUUAAAAUUCAAAUUACAGCAAUAAUUUUCUUUGUUAAGUACUUCGUCAGUAUAAGGCUGCAUCCAUUUGCAUGUCACCAACCGGAUCAGAGUUGCAAACAUUCUGCUUCCAAGUCCCCAGCUCUAUCGCUUAUUCCAUACUACAGGCAGAGAGAACGAACCCGAACUUAGCUAAUUGUGUACCGGCUGGUGCUGUUCAUUAGCCAACAUUACGACGGGUGUAUAUAUAUAUAUAUGAAAUAUUUUGUUUACUCUGAGACGAAAUUGGUUUCGCUUAAGAAUCGUAAGAACUGCUCAGAUGCAAGACGAUGACAUUGCCAUUUCUGAAUUGGAAAUACAGUUCAACGAAGCCUCUCGUCGUGUUGUGGGAUUUGCUGCCAAACUCGAUUCCUUUAAUGCUCUUUACCUAUAUGCAAGAUACAAGCAAGCUACGGAAGGUCCGUGUACUACGGAUCGGCCGUCAAGAUGGUUCGAUGUUAAAAACAAACAAAAAUGGGACGCCUGGAAAGCUCUAGGAAAGGUUUCCAAGGAUUUGGCCAUGCAGGAGUACAUUGCCCUCGUGAAGAAGUUAGAUCCAGAAUUCAGUGAGGAAACCAAAUAUGGGGCCGAAGCAAGCAGAAGCAAAGAAAUUGGCGGCGGCUUUGGAAUUUCCGUUAGUACACCCCUAAACCAGGAAACGUGCAUCGAGGAUAGAUCGAAAACGGUCUUUGACUGGGCAAAGGAAGGCAAUGUGGAGUAUGUUGAAAAAUUGUUAGAUACCGACAGUUUGCCCGUCGACGAAGACGGUCUUACACCUUUGCAUUGGGCUUGCGACAGAGGGCAUCUAGCAUUAGUAGAGGCACUUCUCAAAAGGUUUCCCGAUCGAAUCAACGUCACGGAUCCGGCUCAGCAGACACCACUGCAUUACGAUAUCAUGAGGACUACCGAGAUACAAACACGAAAGUUGCACGAUGGCGUGAGAUUGGUUCCGAAGCGAAGAAAAAGUGGAUUAGCGUCCGAGAUCGGUACAAGCAAAUUCUUAACAAAACUCUCGAACACUUACAGUCAAACAAAGUGUAUUAACCCACUUGGAAAUUCUACUAUAUGCUUCACGAUACGCUUCUUCCAAACUACUGUGAGGAACUGGCGUUAGGCCCGGUUCCCUUUAAGCCUGUUUCAGCUAUUCCUGUUGCUUGCGUCCCAGUAAACAGCCUGAGAUCGUACUUACAAGGCUCCAAAAGGAAAGCUAUGGACGAUCUGGCUCGCCAGCCGAAGAAACAGCAGUGUUGGGAUUCUCCUGAUAAUACCAAUGGUGACCCAGGCCCUGUGGACAAACUUAUCAAUACCAUGAAAGUAAAAACGCAAAAUCUAGACGCCGUUCAGCAAAAACUUGCGAAAGACCGAAUCGCUGGGACGCUACGAGAACUGGAAAAAAAGUCCAAUCCCACUGCAAGAUGAGCAAUAGUCAGAAUGACAUGUUCUCGUAAAGAAGGCGUGUAAGAGUUUUGUACAUACCAUUGCUUGCCUAGUGUAUAUAUUUGAUGGCAAGCU